AGAUGGGUAUUCUUGCAGUACCUGCUCUACUAUUGCUUCUUUUAGGGAUCAGUGGAAUUAUUUAUAUUUAUCAGUCAGUCAAGUGGCUAUUGUCCAAGUCAGCUGUGCAAAACAAAGUGGUGGUGAUCACGGAUGCCAUCUCUGGACUGGGCAAGGAAUGUUCUCGAGUGUUUCACACAGGAGGAGCAAGGCUUGUGCUGUGUGGCAGGACAUGGGAAGAGUUAGAAGCCUUGUAUGAUGCUUUAAUUAGUGUGGGAAAUCCCAGUAUGACAUAUGCACCAAAGCUCUUACUUCUGGACAUCUCAGACAUAAACUGCAUUCAAGAUGUAGCUAGGGAAAUCCUGAAUUGCUAUGGCUGUGUGGAUAUACUGAUCAACAAUGCAAGUAUGAAGGUGAAAGGAGCAGUGCAGAGCAUUUCAUUGGAACUUGAUAAAAAGAUAAUGGAUGCCAACUAUUUUGGACCUAUAACAUUAACCAAAGCCAUUCUUCCCAGCAUGAUCUCAAGAAGAACUGGCCACAUUGUUCUAAUUAAUAGUAUCCAAGGAAAAAUAGGAAUCCCAUUUCGUGCAGCUUAUGCUGCUUCUAAGCAUGCUGCUGUGGGCUUUUUUGAUUGUCUUAGAGCUGAAAUGGAAGAGUUUGAUAUUUCUGUCAGCACUGUGAAUCCAACAUUCAUCUGUUCAUACCAUCACCAACCAGCACCCGGCAACUGGGAGGCAUCUAUUUGGAAAUUCUUUUUCAGAAAGGUGGCAUAUGGUGUGCAUCCAGUGGAGGUGGCAGAGGAAGUCUUGCGCACAGUGAGCGGUAAGAAGCAGGAAGUACUUAUGGCAAACCCUAUCCCCAGAGCAGCAGUUUACAUUCGCACCUUCUUUCCUGAGCUGUUUUUUGCCAUUGUUGCCUCAGGGAUUAGGGAAAAGCUGAAAACAGAAGAAGAAAAUUGAUUUUGUUCAGUUCUUUUCCCUGAUUUUGACCUGAAAAAAGUUUCAAAUGUCAAUGAUUUCUGCUUCUCAUUAUGGAUAAAGGUUCAA